AUGUUAUCGAUUCCCCGCCUACACCAGCAACAAUUUCAACUCCAACAACAUCUUCAGAACAACUCUUCCAACUCUCAGCAGCAGUAUCCUUUCGCCCAAAAUUGUCACGCCGAAUACAACGCUGCUUCUUACUCGGAUAUUCCAAGAUCGAAUUACGACGCUGAGAUUGCUGCUCUGAGCCAGCAAUUACCUACCGAGCUCAUGCCUAACGAAAACUGGGGACUCGCCCAGCAGACUCCAAGGUCUCGCGCCGCUCACCAGCGUGAAACCUCCUUGUCAUCGCUUGGAUCUUCUACUGCAGGACCUACUUCUCCUUUCAACAACCACAACAUACCCGGCCCAUUCAUCGCCAUCACAGACGCCAACGACCAAGGCAAUUCAUCAUCACACUAUCAACUAGCCAAGUCAAUGCCUUCGUAUGCAGCAUAUCAAAAUUGUGGAGGAAUGGAACAGCACGCCAUGCCUGACAUGAACUAUCCGGUUACACUUCCUGGACCUAAUGGCAAGCCCAGAAUGGACCGAGGACUCAUGCAUGCUCCUGAAUAUCUCGGUGGCUCUACCCGUUCUCAUCCUGCCUCGGUGGCGAGUUCCAUCGCAGGUGACUCACCUGCCACGCCUACAGUUGGUGAAACAGAUGUCACAGAGAGAAGAAGAAAAGGUAAUAACCUUUAUUACUCAUCAAUUGCAAGCAAGGACUCACAAUUUGAUCGUCUAGGCUUUCCAAAUGCCCCAAAGCUCGACAGAACUAUGACGGAUAUCUAUGGCGAUGAACUUUACAGCCCCAACUUCGCCGUCACAUCUACGCCUCCUCCCUCUCAGGCUCAAGUCUCAGUGUCACCCACAAACGACGUUUUUAACCAGCGACUUCAUGCAGCCAACAACCAGCAUCUCAGCGCUGCCCAUUCACCAGCCUCCAGCACUUCACGGGAUAGAUCACCGUUCCGCACAGGAUCACCUCUGGCACCAUCACCGGCCCACGAUUUCGGAAACCCCAACCUUAACCAAAACAUGCCAUUCAACAGCGCUCAGCGCAUUCGAGAGCAAACCAAGGCUCAGCAAGACGCCCAGUUCAUUCAACAGCAGAUGAACAUGAAGCAGGAGCCCGAGACACCAAAGACCAUCUCUCCCAAGGAUGCUAUCCUGGAGUUUAACGAGUCUGAGGGCGACAACAACUUCCCUCUCUUCCCCCAGGAUGGAUUUGGUAUGGACCAGUUUCCCAAGGCUAUGAUGAGUUCGCAGGAGUCAGUUCCCGAAACACAUGCUCAACAUCAAUUCAACUUUCUUCCACCUCACGGAGCUCCUGGUAUUACAGUGCCACAGCAAUACCCAUUCAUCGCACACCCGACACGAAUCAGCCAUGAUAGCCCUCCUCGUCUGAGUUCAACUGGUUCAAGUUCAAACGGGUCCCGCAACGCCACUCCAGCAACCCGCCCUAUCAACACCGCUGCCGAUGGUGGCACUUACACUUGCACAUAUCACGGCUGCACUCUACGAUUCGACACACCAGCACAGCUUCAGAAGCACAAGCGAGAAGGUCACCGUCAGACACAGACAAUGGGUCCUGCUCGCCCUCGAGAUAUUAGCAUGACAACUUCAUUGUUGAACAGUCAAGCUGGUCCUCAUCGCUGUGAUCGAAUCAACCCAAGCACUGGCAAGCCCUGCAACACUGUUUUCUCUCGGCCAUACGACCUUACCCGCCACGAGGAUACUAUCCACAACGCUAGAAAGCAGAAGGUGCGAUGUGACCUCUGCACUGAAGAGAAGACAUUCAGCCGUGCAGACGCCCUCACCAGACACUACCGGGUGUGUCAUCCGGACAUGGAGCUUCCGGGAAAGCACAGACGUCGUGGAGGUGCUUGA